UUUCAGAGUGAGAAUGAAGCUGGUGUAUCUUCUAUGUUUGACCGCUGUCCUGGUCGUCAUGGGAACGGAUGGGUGGUUACGAGUCCGAUUUCGACGCUUCAGAGUUCCUUUCCGAACACUAAAACCCUUCAUCAAGCCAGUCUUGGGCACUGUGGCUAAAACAUAUUUCGGGCCUUACCACACGGGAAUAAAGGUUGGGUGUGGUCUUUACAGAAAAUUUACUGGGCGUGAGAUCCGGGCUCUGGACGCAAACACAGACGGAUUAGUGGACAGGUCCGAGGCCGCCAGCUACUUCGGAGUCGACCACAGCGAUGCCCAACUCGACCACUUCAUGAACAUGGCCGAUGCCAAGCGUGAUGGCACCGUGGAUCUGGAUGAGUUCUUUGAUGCGGCGCUGGCGUUCGAGGACGAAGGUCCAGAAUCUGCCCCGUGAUCUGCUGGCGGAAUGCAGAACGAGGCUGCCGAAUGUGGAACCUGUACAGUGAACUAUUUUCCCUCUUGUUGAUAUUGGCGUACUGUGUGCAUUGAUUAAACUUUCACUCAAACAUU